CCUUGUCGAAGGCAGGUGCUAAUGUUGUCCAGCCAAUGACAGCCAGUGCCUUGGCCUCCAUUGGACCACAGGCUACGGGUUUGGGACUUGGCGGAAGUGCUCCUAUGGGCAUCAAAAAAGACUCAACAUCCUCAUUAUCUCCGAUUUCAAAGUCAAAUGGCACUCAACAUGUCGUGAAGGGGAUUCAAAAGAUCCCCAUCAAAAAAUCGCCGAUGAUGAUCCCGUCCAGGCAGAACUGCACGACGCAAGCGAAAUUUCGUGCCACAGAUGAGGAGGAACCACAGACAAGUCCCCGCAAGGGUCACGAGGCGG